UUGAGUAGGAGAGAUUUACAUACUAAAAUUAUAUGUUUUGUGAAUAAAAAUAAAAAAUUCAUAGUGACACGUUAUAAAUUACUUUUGCAAGCGAAUUAAGGAACAAAAAGUUUGGUUCUAUGCCUAACUUAGAUCAUAGAUAUGACUGAAACUAUGCCCGAUUCAAACUCGCUUAAAGAAGCAAAAGGUGGUUCCGUGCUUAGACUCAUUCAUGGCUGCGUCUUAAAUUAAACACCCAAUCUUUGUUUAGAAAUAAAAAACGUGAAAAUUUAACUAAUUAUCAACAGGCACAAUGAAUCAGCGGGCGCAUUGGCCACCACUGCCCAUUGCUAACUGCAGCCAAUAGGAGAUAAUAAUUUUGAGUUUAACUAUUAUAUUCAUCUGUGAGGUUAUAAAAUUAUGAAGUGUUCAAUUUUUUUUUAUUUUCAAAAUUUAAACGAUGAUCAAGAAAUACAAAAGUCAGCCAAAUUGCACGACUUUAACUGGAAGAAGCAACACUCUGGCACACUGAAAAUUCUCCAGGUUUUCAGCGAGCCCAAUAAAGAUAGUACCUUACAAAUGUACGAAAGUUUUACUGCAGCAAUCAAAAUUGAAUAAUACGAAGGGGACGGGGAUAGAUAGAGACAAGUAACCUAUCACACUGUUAAAGAUUCCCGAUAUUUUCAGACAAAAACUUUUCAUUCCCAUGUAUAAGUAUAAACAGUUAAAAAUAUACUAUACUAAGUAAAUACUUUUUGAAGUAUUAGUAUUUGGUUAGAUGCAAUAAAAACCAGUAUUUCAAAUUCCUUUAUCUGGGAAUUUUUGGAUUUGUAAAGUCUCUAACUUUACUUCCAUUAAUUAUUACUUUUACAGCAACUUGUUUUAGAGAGGCUUCAAAGCUGGAUCGAGUGAACAGAUUCUCACAGUUUCUCUGAAAGCUACAACCUUUAAAGUUCUGUGCCUCUGUCAUCAUGGUUACUAAGAAACUUUUUGUCUUCUUGAUUAUUGCAAUGGGUUGCUUCAGGUUGCUUAGAUUUGCUGAAUCAAAGGUGCCCCAAGAAGAAGUUGAUGCUUUGCAAGAGAUUACUGCUGCAAUGGGCUCAACAUACUGGAAAUUUAAUGGUGAUUCAUGUAAAGUUGAAAUGGUUGGUGUAACACAAGUGCCACCAAAGAAUUCAGAGCAUGAGAUCUCUUGUGAAUGUGAGACAAACGGCACUGUUUGUCACAUCGUAAGGAUAAUGCUCAAGGGUUAUAACCUUCCUGGAAUACUUCCUCCUCAACUGGUUAAGCUUCCUUACCUUCUAGAAAUUGAUUUUGCUUACAACUACCUAAAUGGAACCAUUCCAAGUGAAUGGGCUUCAAUGAAGUUGACUUCGAUAAAGUUUUUGUGCAGUUCUGUUCUUGUAAAUCGCUUGUCAGGGGAAAUUCCAAAGCACCUGGGAAAUAUUACCACUCUUACAUAUCUGUGUCUUGAAGCAAACCAAUUCUCUGGUGCUGUACCACCUGAACUUGGGAAUUUAGCGAACUUGAAAACAUUGAUGCUAUCCUCCAAUGAGUUAACUGGGAGCUUGCCAUUGACAUUUGCUUUGCUAAGAAAUCUAACUGAUCUUAGGAUAAAUGAUAACAAUUUCAAUGGAACCAUACCUAGUUUCAUACAAAAAUGGGAACAACUCAAAAGACUAGAAAUGCAUGCCAGUGGACUCGAGGGACCAAUACCAACAAACUUAUCUCUUUUGAGUAAUUUAAUUGAGCUGAGGAUUAGUGAUAUAAAUGGGCCAAAUCAGGGUUUUCCUAUGGUCAGAAACAUGACAGGCAUAGUAAGAUUGGUUUUGAGGAAUUGUAAUAUUUUGGGAGAGAUCCCUGCAUACAUUUGGGCAAUGAAGAAUCUGGAAAUGUUGGAUGUCAGUUUCAACAAACUAGUUGGGAAAAUUCCAACCAGCAUAAGUGCAGAUCGUCUGAGAUUUGUCUUUUUAAGUGGCAACAUGCUAAGUGGAGAUGUGCCAGAUUCUAUAUUGAAGCAAGGAACUAGCAUUGAUCUUUCAUACAAUGACUUCACAUGGCAAGGCCCUGAGAAACCUGGUUGUCAGGAGAACAUGAAUCUGAACUUAAACUUGUUUCGUAGCUCUUCAUCAAGGAACAAUUUUAGGGGAGCUCUUCCAUGCAAGAAGGAUUUGAACUGUCCUCAAUAUUCGAAUUGUUUACAUGUUAAUUGUGGUGGAAAGGACACAAGGAUCAAGGAAAAUAAAUCAAACUUAUUAUAUGAAGGAGAUGGUGACAUUGAAGGUGGUACGGCAAAAUAUUAUAUUAGAGAUGAUAAUUACUGGGGAUUUAGUAGCACGGGAGACUUCAUGGAUGAUAAUGAUUACCAAAAUAAACGUUACACUGUAUCAAAGCCACUGUUAAACAUCUCAGAACUGUACAAAACAGCCCGUAUAGCUCCAAUAUCGCUCACUUAUUUCCAUUAUUGCUUGGAGAAUGGAAAUUACACCAUAACUUUCAAUUUUGCAGAGAUAGAGUUUACUCCUGAUGAAACAUAUAGCAGCCUUGGUAGGCGUAUAUUUGACAUUUAUGUUCAGGAAAAAUUAUUGUGGAAAGACUUCAAUAUUGAAUCCGAGGCCAAGAGUACUCAAAAGCCUUUAGUUAAACAAGUUUCUAAGGUAAGUGUGACAAAUAAUUUCUUGGAGAUACGAUUCUAUUGGGCUGGCAAAGGUACAACAAGGAUUCCUGAAAGAAGUGUCUAUGGGCCACUUGUCUCAGCUAUUUCUGUAGUUUCUGAUUUUAAACCUUGCUCAAAUAGAAGAAACAAGGGAACUGCUUAUAUCUUUGUUGUUGGGGUUCUAGGAGCAUGCCUUGUCUUCUUCAUACUGGGCAUUCUUUGGUGGAAAGGCUGUUUGCUUGGGAAAUAUUGGAGGAAAGAAGAUACCAAAGAGGACAUGCCAUCAGGGACUUUCACUUUGAAACAGAUUAAAGUUGCCACAGAUGACUUUGAUUCUGCUAACAAGAUUGGCGAAGGUGGUUUUGGUCCUGUGUACAAGGGUCAGUUGCCUGAUGGUACCAAGAUUGCAGUAAAGCAACUCUCCUCUAAAUCACGGCAAGGAAAUCGUGAAUUUCUUAAUGAGAUUGGGAUGAUAUCUUGUUUGCAACACCCAAAUCUUGUUAAGCUUCAUGGAUUUUGUGUUGAGGGGGAUCAAUUGCUACUGGUGUACGAGUACAUGGAGAACAAUAGCCUUGCCCGUGCUUUGUUUGGUCCAGAAAACAAUCAGCUCGAACUAGACUGGGCUACAAGGCUUAAGAUCUGUGUUGGUAUAGCUAGAGGUCUGGCUUUUCUGCAUGAAGAAUCGAGACUCAAGAUUGUUCACAGAGACAUUAAAGCUACUAAUGUGCUUCUGGAUAGUGAUUUAAAUCCUAAAAUAUCUGACUUUGGAUUGGCUAGGCUUGAUGAAGAGGAGAAGACCCACAUCACUACCCGAGUAGCUGGAACCAUAGGAUAUAUGGCACCAGAAUAUGCAUUAUGGGGCCACCUGACACACAAAGCAGAUGUUUACAGUUUUGGAGUUGUAGCAAUGGAAAUUGUUACUGGGAAGAAUACCAAUAACUUUAUGCCAAGUGAAAAGUUUGUUUGUCUCUUAGAUUGGGCUUGCCAUUUGCAACAAACUGGAAACUUGAUGGCACUUCUUGAUGAGAGGUUAAGGUCUGAAGUCAAAAAAGAAGAAGCGGAACUCAUGGUUAAAGUAGCUCUGUUGUGCACAAAUGCAUCUGCAUCACUUAGGCCUAGCAUGUCUGAGGUGGUAAACAUGCUUGAAGGCCGAAUGACUGUUCCUGACUUGAUACCAGAAACAGGCACCUAUACCGAAGAUUUAAGGUUCAAGGCCAUGAGAGAUCUCCGUCGCCAGAAGGAAGAUCAAAGUUCGGGUGAAAGCCAAACCCAAAAUUCAACUACUGUUCAUACCUUCUGCUCUUCUUCUACAUCUUAUAACUCCAACGAAAUCAAGCCAGAUUCACGAUUUUGUUCAUAGUAUUGAGCAUUCCAUUCAAGUUGCAUAGAGGUUGGACGAAUUUUUUCUUUGCUGAAGCUGUCUGGAUCUUUUCAGGUCUAUCCCAUAGGCCAGAGCAUAUUGGAGUCUAGCUGUAAGAUAUAUCAUGAGAAUACAAUUCUAUAAAUUACUAGUGCUGUAUCAUCUUUCCUGUAAGAAUUCGGCAGCCCUUUGAAGUGUAAAUAGACCUAUAUUCUUUCGCGAUCGUGAUAUCACAAUCUGAAUUCGAUUGAUUUAAUAUAAUUUUCUGAAUUCCGAUGUACAAAGUUGAUUAUUUGAUGCUUGGUACUCUUGGUGCUCUUUUUCGACGUUUCCCUUAUGGAACGUUAACAUUGUGCUUGGCACUUGGCUAUCUUAGAAACUAGUCUUAACUUCUUUCUCUGACUUCCCCAUGUCUCAUAAUCUCCUCAAAGGCCAAAAGCAGAGCCAGUGAUUAAUAUAAGACAUAGUCUUCUCUUUGCUAGCAAUUUUUUCAAAAAAAAAAAAAAAUAAUUAAUAUCAGCAUGGAUCUUUGAGCAACUUUAUGACUUACAUGGAGUAUUACAUUAUUUCAGUACUUGACUCGUGGUGUCGGUGACCAGCUUGUAUAAUAUUUUAAAUCACAUUUUUUUUCUUUUUUAUUGUAUUCUUUUCCACCUCCUUUAGACUAAUGGACGAAUUUUC